AGGAGGAUGAAGGUGUGUCAAGACUGAGCAGAGAAGGCCACUCCUUCAAGAAGUACUACCCACUGUAUAGUGGAAAGAACAGAACAGACAGUGUCAGUUAUCUCCAACUGUAGAAAAAUGCUUCUCCUCUUCAUUUUCAGCAUUGUGCUUCUGCCUAAAGCCUUCACCUUAAGAUGUUAUGAGUGUAAGCCUCAAGCAGGUGGAACCUGCACAGAGACAGAAAAACAUUGUUCCACAGGCGAGGAUCGGUGUGGCUCCUUCCGUGUCAUCAAUUACAAUGGUAAUUCAAAAGUUAGUGAGAUGAAAAAGAAGUCUUGUGCCAUGGCUGCGCAUUGCGUUCAAGGUUCCCUAGACUUUGGAGUGAAUCGAACAGCGAUCGUUUCCGAGUGCUGCAACAGUGACCUCUGCAACAAACAAUUUCCCCCCGAUCCAAAGCAAUCCAAUCCUAAUGGUAAGAAGUGCUACCGCUGUGAUGGACAAACAUGCACUGGGACGCUGAACUGCAAAGGCGACGAGGACCACUGUGUAUCAACAAUAGGAGAUCAAAAGGUGCCAAUGAAGGGAUGUGCUUCCAAGCAGAUUUGCUCUAAGACUACAUCUACACUCCUACCUGGAGCCACACCAUCAGAAAUCAACUGCUGUGAGGGCAACUACUGCAACAGUGCCAGCAGCACCAGUGCCGGCAUACUGAUCCUGGUCACACCACUGAUCUCACUAAUCUUUCUUUCUUAACACAUAAACACAAAACCACUUUUUUUAUUUUUUGUUCGUUUUUUAAUGUCCUAUAAGAUCACAGGCACCAUUCAUUUAAACAUGCGGCUUCACAUUAAACCUAAAAUAAGGACGUCCCAAUGGAGUUAACAUUGACUGAAUCAAAUUUAUUUUGUUGGAGCGCGACUUACAAAGUGUUGUAAGUUUCUCCAUAGGUUUCACUUCAUACAGAAGGUUUCAUGGCUUGGCACUGCUACCAUACUUUGUGUCACAAUUUAUAAUAUGACUGCUACAAGAGGCUGCAUUUGUUUUUAGCUUUUGCUUUUCUUUAUCAAUCAUUAAAACUCAUUGUCGUUUUUUGUCUCUAGCUUACCUGUCAUAUUUUGAAUAACUUAACCUGACCGGGUUCUUAAUAGCAUUUAAAAUAGUGGCUUAAUAAAGUAAUACAAAUUUAACAUUUAUAACCAAGAGAAACAGUGAAAAAACUUAUUUUGUGAAAAACACCACCACCUAGUGGACAGAAGACAGAUAGCAACUGUGUCAGUGAACUAAAGAAUAUACAGACAUUUGCCCGUGUGUUUUUCUGCUAUUAUUUGGUCUCGAGUAUCUGCUUUGUCUGUAUGUCCAAUCAUCAUUAAUAUGCAUUUAUUUGUGUAAUAAAAAUGAAAUUUACAAGAAAUAUACAUUUAAGAUAAACGAAAAAGCUACACACAUAGGCUUAAAUUAUAUACAUUUAUUAUAUUAAAUAUAUUAAAAUUUAGAAUAAAAUGUAAUAAUUUGAAGUGUGAAACAAAAAAUGGCAAUGUUUUUCGGAUUUGAAAAUAAAGUUUUGAAAGAGA